CCAGGCAAGAGCAGCUAAAAUGAAAGCCUCCAUGUCUCUGGCUUUUCUCGCUCUCCUUUUCAUCAGCUUGGCUAUAGCAAACAGUUCUUCCAUAGUGCCCUCCACCAACGCAACAGAAGUGCCCUCCACCAACGCGACCGAAGCGCCCUCCACCAACGCGACCGAAGCGCCCUCCACCAACGCGACCGAAGCGCCCUCCACCAACGCGACAGAAGGGCCCUCCACCAACGCGACCGAAGCGCCCUCCACCAACGCGACAGAAGGGCCCUCCACCAACGCGACCGAAGCGCCCUCCACCAACGCGACAGAAGCGCCCUCCACCAACGCGACCGAAGCGCCCUCCACCAACGCGACCGAAGCGCCCUCCACCAACGCGACAGAAGGGCCCUCCACCAACGCGACCGAAGCGCCCUCCACCAACGCGACCGAAGCGCCCUCCACCAACGCGACCGAAGCGCCCUCCACCAACGCGACAGAAGGGCCCUCCACCAACGCGACAGAAGGGCCCUCCACCAACGCGACAGAAGCGCCCUCCACCAACUCGACAGAAGGGCCCUCCACCAACGCGACAGAAGCACCCCCCAACACUGGUUCUACACCUACACCACAAGUGAAUUCCAGCGUUUCCAGCGAUCCUUGCCAAGUAAGACCCUGUGGAGGUGGUGCUGCCUGCGUUAACCUGUAUGACAACAAUUUCUGCCUGUGUACGGAAGGGUUUUACUACAGCACUUCCUCAUGUCUGAAAGGGAAGACAUUCCCUGGAGAGAUUACAGUACGAGUCCAAGAAACAACUGAUUUGGACAAUAAGAAUUCUGAAGCCUAUGAACACUUACAUGAUGACAUAAUUAGCUUCUUUCAAAACGUAUUUGGCCACUCUGAUUACGGACAGACUGUGAUUCUUCAAGUGAGCUUACUCCCUUCUCUGUCAGGAAGAUCUGAAAUGCGUGCUGAUUUGAAGCUUGUUGAUGCUUCAGUAAUAAACAUUUUAAAAGAGAGUACAAAUCUAACUGAAAAAGAUGUAAAUGAUGAGAUUGAGAAGGCAGUCAAGAAAAACAAUUUUACACAAAGCUAUAAGCCUAUAGAUUCAUGUGAAUUUUAUGGUUGUGUGAAGAAGGAUCAAGAUUGCAGCAAUAGUUUACAAUGUGAAUGCAAACCUGGGCUGCAGAGACCCAACAUGCUGUCCCCUUAUUGUCUUCCUCUAGAGUGUCCUGCAAACUGCAGUGUGGAGUUUAAUAAGCAAUGCAUAAAGAAGGAGAACAAAGAGCUUCAAUGCGUGUGCCUGCCAGACUUCGAGGGAGAUGCUAAUGACGUCUGUCAAGCGUGUCCAUUUGGCUAUGGUGGUGUGGACUGCAAAGACCAGUUUCAGCUGAUCCUCACUAUUGUGGGCACCAUCGCUGCCGUCCUCAUUCUCGCCUUAUUGAUUUCAUUGGUCUUCUUCACAAGGUCAAAGAACAAAAAGAGUGAUAUUGAGGAAGAGAACUUGAUUGACAAUGACUUUCAAAAUCUGAGACUGCAGUCGACAGGCUUCAGCAACCUCGGAGCUGAUGGAAACAUCUUCCCCAAAGUCAGAACGACGGCUUCCAAAGACCUCCAGUUGCAAAACCCCUACGCAAACCAAAGAAGAGAGCCUCGCCCCAAUUACUAGAAUGAUAAAAAUUUGGAACCUUCCAUGGCUCUUGGCCCAAUGUUCAUGCCAUUAACUUGAGUGUUUGGAAAGACAUAAAGAAGUGAGGCCCGCUGCAGGUCCAGCCUCCCUCUCCUGACAUCCCACUGCCUCCCUGAAGCUGGAAUACCGCUCACUGAGAAGUGUGAAAUUAAACUAAAUGCACCUAGAACAGCUGUUAGCACUUGUAAGAUGAUUUUCUCCAAUCCGUACAACACACUAAGACAAUGAUCUGUGGGUUUUGUUGUUUUGUUUUAUUCGAGGUAGGGCAACAAGAACCAUUUCCCAUCUAGAGGAAAGCUCCUGCCAUUACUCAUUCCUGGGAGAAUGUUGCUCUUGAGUCCACAGAGGCGUGACCCCCUCCCUCUUCCUGACUCCUCAGCUUUGGCGUUGCUAGGGGAGGGGAAAACCUGCCAUCCUUUAAGGUUCACCUCUGACAGGUGAGAAUGGGGACAGUGCUUCUAUCCCUCCUGGUCACCCUUGAACUGCCAGGAGCUGAGAUCUGGUCUCACUCCAACAAGACAGGAAAGACACAUCCUGCAGCUUCAUCAGCUUGUGAAUCCAGGAAGCUUUUGAUGUUAAUUAGAAGGCUUAGGCUAGAAAUAUCCACCAUGGGAUGCCAGCUUGGGGCACCCUGGGGACAGGGGCCACAGCCUGUCCUGGUGACAGAUGCUUAGUUGUGGCCACCAAGAAUAAGGGCAAGCAUGUUCAGCAGGCUUUUUAAUGUUGGAAGAGCUCUUGUGUAUGUCUGAUGUCUAGUCCCCUUGCAAAAUGUUUUUAUUUUUUAUUAUUAUUUGUUCUUGACUGUUAAUUAUGAAAGGUAACGCAAUAAAAUAUCUUUGGUAAA